AUGUGGAGGCGGGCGGCGACGAGCGACGAUGAUGAAGGUGAAGGUGAAGGUGAGGGGAGGAAGAAUCGUGGGCAGAUCCAACGGCUCCCAUUCACUCUGAUGAAUCGGACGAUAGAAGAAGAAAUUUAUGAGGAUAUUCGUCGCUUCGGAGCUUCUGGAAUUGCCAGCCGCCUCCUCCACGCCGUGUACCGCGUCGGCGAUCUCGAGCGCACCAUCAAGUUUUACACUGAGGCUCUUGGGAUGAAGCUGUUGCGGCAGAGGGAUAUUUCGGAAGAGAAGUACUCGAAUGCUUUCCUCGGAUUCGGGCCGGAAGAAACGAACUUUGUAAUGGAGCUCACUUACAAUUAUGGAGUAAUUCCUAUGAUAUUGGGAUUGGGUUUGGUUACAAAAGAGCUUGGAGGAAAGAUAACAAGAGACUGA